ACCAUCCCGCGCAUCCCUUCAUGCGCGCUCUGGGCACGGAGGUGGAGGCGGAGGCGGGGGUCUCUCGCUCUUUCGGUCUCUCUACCGGUUCAGCCAUUUCAAUAUUAACCAGCGCGAGGGAUAUUUUGGGUGGCACUGCCACUGAAACAUCUCACUGAAAUCGCAUCAUUUCUUCUCGUUUUCUAGAAAAGCAUCACCGGGAUGUCGAGUCUGCUGGAUAACCCUCUGCAGGCGGUGCUGUAUCUAAAGGAGCUCACCGCCAUCGUGCAGAACCAACAAAGUCUCAUCCAAACCCAACGCUAUCGGAUAGACAUACUCGAGCGCCGAAUGGAAGAUUUAGUGCUCGAGAACCGGCAGCUACGGGACUCCAGCGGCCAUCACCGGCACCCUCCCCGGUAUCAUCCGCCUCCGCCCCCCCGGACCUCCAGCCUGCCCCGAACGAGCCCUUCCAGCAGAGACAGGACGCCAACCCAGCAGCAUCAUUCCCCGCAGGACAUGCAGCUUGUGCCCGCUGGACCCAGCAGUGCAAGUCCAGAACCCCCUGAUCAAGAUGAUGAUGUAGCUCAGGACCCCUGCUGUCGCUCCCUGGUCCCACAAACACCUGCCACCAUGUGUCGAGCUGUGGGACUUCCACGAGCAUCCGAGAGCCAGACGGUCCUGCACCAGUUCUGCUGUCCUGCGCCGGAAUCUUCAGAUGGAGACUCCAUAACCUGCUCCGGCUCGACUCCUGCUGCAAGAGAGGAAGAGAGAGAUGAGAAAAAACACACCGAGUCUGAUGUCGCUCCCUGCUCACAUCCUCCAGAAUAUGAGCUCUCACCUGAUCUCAAACAAAAACAGACAGAGGAGUUGGAACAGAAGUAUGGCGGUCCUCUCAUUUCCCGGCGUGCGGCCUGUAAGAUCCAGACUGCUUUUCGUCAGUACCAGCUGAGUAAAAACUUCCAGAAGAUUCGGAACUCGGUUCUGGAGAGCGGGAUUCCACGGCGGAUGUCGGUGCGCAGGGUCCGGGUUCAGAGGGACGGGUUUUCUGCAGAACGUUCUCUGAUGGAGGGCUGUUCACUCAUGGGCAUUCCUCUCACACACUCAACGUCACUGCCGGUGGGCACAACGGCUACACUCACACACCUGGAAGACACAUUCACUGAACAGGUGCAGUCAUUAGCAAGGUCCAUCGAUGAAGCUUUAAGCAGCUGGAGUUUGGUACGAGACGGCGAGGCGUCCUCUGCGGUCCCUCCCUCUGGGUCUCAUCCCGAGGGGCUUCCGAUGGACUCCUCCACCCUACAGGAGGCCACGCACAGCAGCUGUGUUGAGAACAUUCCCCGCAGCGCCAGUAAACUUAUGAUGGCUUUCAGGGACGUGACCGUUCAAAUUGACAACCGUAACUUUCGCCUGUCCUCAUCCAUGCUGGAGUCGGUUUCCCUGGGUAACGGCGUAUCCAAGGAGACUAGCUCAGAAGCCCAAAGAGGAGGACAGAACGCAGGCCAGUCGGAAACAUCAGUCACUGCCGAACCUGAGUUUCCAGCGCCGCCAACCGGCGAGGAAGAGAAGGAAAAACAGCAGCCAACCGGAUCGGAUGUAGCGGGCACAGGGGCGGGGCAGGAGAGGAAAUCAACCAGUCAGAUUGCGUCCGAGACGGCGGAAAACAGUUCAGAGCCUGUUAGUAGCAGCAGCACCUCGACAUCAGCAUGUGAGACGAUGAUUCUGUCUUUGCCCCGUCCACACUGCCAGGACACGCCCUGUGGUACCCUCUCUACGGAUAUCGUCCGCAAACGCCUCUACCGCAUUGGACUCAACCUCUUCAAUGUAAAUCCAGACAAAGGCAAUCAGUUCCUGAUAUCCAGGGGCUUCAUUCCAGACACAGCCAUAGGCGUGGCCCACUUCCUGUUACAGAGGAAGGGCUUGAGCCGACAGAUGAUUGGAGAGUUUCUGGGUAACAGCAAGAGACAAUUCAACAGAGAUGUCUUAGACUGUGUGGUGGAUGAGAUGGAUUUCUCAAUGCUGGAGUUGGAUGAAGCUCUGAGGAAGUUUCAGUCUCAUGUGCGAGUUCAGGGUGAAGCUCAGAAAGUCGAGAGGCUCAUCGAAGCGUUCAGUCAGAGGUACUGUAUGUGUAACCCUGACGUGGUUCAACAGUUUCAUAACCCGGACACCAUCUUUAUCUUGGCCUUCGCUAUUGUACUGCUGAACACUGACAUGUACAGUCCCAACAUCAAACCAGAGCGCAAGAUGCUUUUAGAAGACUUCAUACGUAACCUCCGAGGGGUGGAUGAUGGGGCGGACAUUCCCCGUGAGAUGCUGGCUGGGAUUUACGAGCGGAUCCAGCAGAGGGAACUGCGUUCCAAUGAGGAUCACGUGACGUAUGUUACCAGGGUGGAGCAGAGCAUUCUGGGAAUGAAAACGAUACUGUCGGUCCCUCACCGCAGGCUCGUGUGCUGCAGUCGACUCUAUGAGGUCACAGACGUCAACAAACCGCAGAAACAAGCAUCACAUCAGAGGGAAGUCUUUCUCUUCAAUGAUCUCAUAGUGAUUUUGAAGCUGUGUCCUAAGAAGAAGAGUACAGCCACAUAUACAUUCUGCAAAGCCAUGGGCUUACUGGGCAUGCAGUUCCAUCUGUUUGAAAAUGAGUAUUAUCCUCAUGGAAUUACGGUAUUGUCUCCGUUCUCCUCGGAGAAGAAGCAGGUGGUGAGUUUCUGUUCUCAGAGCGCUGAGGAGCUGCUCAAGUUCAUAGAGGACCUGAGAGAGAGCAUCGCCGAGGUGGCCGAGAUGGAGCAGAUUCGCAUCGAGUGGGAACUAGAAAGACAACAAGUUGUGAGAAAUCAGACCAACAAGAACGGAACACAGCUAGACAUCCACGCCGGACCGAGUUCUGCUUCAGGUGAUGACUUCUAUGACAAAACAGGAAGCAGCACGGUAGAGGUGUCAAUUCACAACAGGCUCCAAACGUACCAACUCAGCUCUCCUCUGGCCCCACCCAGCGCUCAGCAACAGCUGGCCGUCCUGCCUAGCCCCGCCCCCGGCUCCGCCCUCACCAUCUCCCCCGACACCCUCAUCCAGUGUCAGCAGAUCGUCAAGGUGAUCGUCGUCGACGCCGCCGGGCGCGGCCACGUGGAGGCGUUCCUCAGCCACAACCCCGCCCACCGCCUCAUCCAGUCGGCCGUCUCCACGCCCACCAGGUCGCGGGAGGGCGGCACGCAGCAGCAGCAGCCGCCCCUCCCUCCGCCACCGCCUCCUUAUCAUCACCCGCAUCAGUUUUGCCCUCCCACCCCUCCGCCGCCGCGCCACCUGCUGAGCCAGCGCAGGUACUCCAGCGGGACACGCAGCCUGGUUUGAGCGCGCGUUUAAAAGAUGCUUCCGCCAGAAUUUACUCACCCUUUGGGUUUGACCAAGCCUUUUGGUUUAAGAAAUAUUCUUUGAGGUCCACGAGAAGAAAAACAGCCUACAGGUUUGGAACAUCGUGAGGGCUAGUGAACAACGACAGCGUUUUCAUGAAUCUUUAACCAAACUGCACAAACAGCCCAUCGUGAAGUAUGUAUGGAAAGACACUCGAGUAAAACUCUUACUGUGGGUCCUCGUGGCCUUAAAAGCGAAUCUAUAAAGUGAGUAGAUCUAGAGUAGGUUUAGGAGGGUUUCUCACAUCUUGUUUUGCGUGUUUAUCAUUUCCUCUUAUGACGUGUUUAUAUAUUUUGAUUUCAAGAUUCACGUAGAUCGAAGAGUAUAGAAAGUGUGGUUGUGACAUUUUUAAACAAACCCUUUAAUGUUUAUAGCCGUCCCUAACUGGUACCUUGCCACAACUUCAUCUCAAAGUCCUUCAGUUUAAAACGGAUUUUGAGUAAUGAAGUUCUGUAGCAACACAUUAGCACAUACUGAAAUAAUCAAUGUCACCCGCAGGCCAGAGCCAAUUAGCUUCUAAAGAUAUCUGUCACGUGAUUGGUUAUCAAACAUUUUGGGGGAGGGGUUAUUUUGCUUUUGCAGUAUUGCCCUCAUUUUAAAUAACACUCUUAAAAGCUAUAAUGUACAACAUUGACAACUGAUAUGUAACACUAUUAAUUUAUUUCAAACAGAAAUGAAGCAUUUUCAUAUAUUUCUGUAUAUUCAUUCUGCUGAACUUUUAAGCGUUGUGUAAUGUUAAUGAUGGCUUUAAAGGAACGCUACAAACAUCUUCAACUCUAGAAUCUGUUGAAGUGAAUUAGAAUAUUAUUAUUAUUUGUUUUUUUUUAAGAUUAUAACAUGCAUCAAUGAAAAUGUUUCCAAAUUGUAUUUUCACUUGAGAAGUGUGUUAUUCUUUUCCUUUCUUUGUGUAAAUAAAAAUAGAAUAUUUAUUUUAUUAGAACGUCACACAGAUUUUAAGGCACUGAUGUAAUGAUGUGUCAUAUCCAGCUGUUUAUCGAGUGUGGACUCAGUAGCGUGUAACUGUGAUUCAGCGUGGUGCUCAGGUAGCGUCAUGUGAUAACCAGGUGCACAUCCAACCUCGAAGAAAAUAUUAAAUGUUAUAUAUAUACAUAUAUAUUACAGGCUAUGACUGAGAAAUUGUAUAUUUUUUAACCUCGUCACUUUAAUAUUGUUUAAAUUAUCUUUGAAAAAUUUAUGAAUGAUGUAUUUGCAACUUAGAAGUCAUGUUUUCUGUAUUGCAUGUCACGACGGCUUCAUAUGUUUGUGUGCAGAUAUUUAAUUAAGAGGAUAUGUCAGAUGCUAAUAUUUAUGUUACUAUUUUAAUUUGGUUUGUUUUGAAUCACAAUAUCUAGUUUUAAUUUUGCAUAUAUUGUUUUUCCAAGGCAUUAUUUAAAAUGAUGUCAUUCUGUGCUUGGACACAGAUACUACAGAAAAGCAGCAAAAAAUGAUGUAUUUAUAAAUCUAUUUAUUCAUGAAGUAGGAUGACGAAAGCUUUACUGUAUAGUUUGCACAGCUGUGUGUAGGAUACGCUGAUGAUCAGACAGAUCUCCUCUCCGUCAUGUGUUCCAGGACAUUUCAUAUUCACUGAACACACCCAAAAAACAUUUCAUUUCUUUCCAAGUACACCCUGACUGGAAAGUUGUUGACCUUCAUUGCCUUCACCUUCACUGCUUUUUUUUCUGGAAAAACUUUCAUGAACUCCUAAAAACUCUAAGAUCCAUUUGGCUUAGUUUCAGUCUCAUCAAUCUCAAUGCGAAUUCUUCUCCAAAAUAUAUUUCAAACAACACACAACCCAGGAGGAAUGAAUGUGUCUGAAGUCAUUCACUUUUGACUGGGGUCAAUAUGACCUUGAUGAAGGUCAAAGCAAUGGUCCAAUCUCACAGGUUUUUACAAUCUAUAUUUGUAUUGAGCACUAUUAUGAAGUUUUAUAUAGCGUAAAGAUACUUGAUACGCUCAUAUUCAUAUCCUGUACAGUAAAUGCAAUUUCACAAUAGCUGAAUCAUUAAACGUGCAGACAAGGAAAACAA